UUAAAACAACAGAACUGGAACUAAUAUAUUUGACCAGUGCAGACAUUAUGAAAGCUAUCACCUCCCUCUACAGGACUUUCAUCAUUUUAUUAUUUACAUUAACUGCGCCAUUGAUAUCACAAAAUCAAGCGCACUUAAACAAGCACUGGCCGCUUGAACGAGGCAUUUCAUCCGCGGAGGAUACAAUCAAUAAUCUGCAGAUGAGUAUUAAAGACCUGGAAACCAAUAAAGUCUCUCGAGUACCUGAUUUUCACAAAAACGAGAUCCCAUCCCACACACUUUUUCCUGAGAUGAACCGAAAGUAAUCUGACCAAAGUACUUAUGAUAAUGAGUUCCCCAUACACGAAAACCUAUUGGUCAAGUUAGAUUGAUUGAAUGGCCAUCCAGCCAAUCACAGGCCAAGGAAGAGUUAACGGUUGACGGUACGUAAACGGCGCUUCUGUCACUCGCUGAUGUUGCGGACGCUGUGAAGAGGUAAAGGUUGUACGGUCAAGCCCCGCCCACACUACGAUUUUUGGAUUCGACGUCAUUAUUUUCAGGAAGGCGUUCCUGCGCUCGUGGAAGGAACGGUUGAAGGCGAUGCAGGAAGAUGGAGACGAGGGGAGCUGCAGGAAAUUCACUCGGAGGACUCGCACCGUGGCUUCUGCAGUCAGUUCUGACACUUUUGUGCAGUCAUGAGGAAUACGAGAAGACAGCUGAUUGGUUGAGGACUCGGACGAAGCACCGCCCCCAGGUGGCGAUCAUCUGCGGGUCCGGACUGGGCAUGCUCGCUGACACCCUCAAUAGUCAGGACUCCUUUGCUUAUUCUGACAUACCCGGCUUCCCAGAAACCACAGUGCAGGGUCAUGCAGGUCGGCUGGUUUUCGGGGAGCUGAAGGGGAAGAUAUGUGUGUGCAUGCAGGGUCGCUUCCACAUGUAUGAAGGACACUCACUCUGCAAGGCAACGUUUCCAAUUCGAGUCUUCAAGCUGUUGGGGGUGGAGACUCUGAUCGUGACGAACGCUGCCGGCUCAUUGGCCGACCGCUUCCAGCCUGGUGACAUCAUGAUCAUCAAAGACCACAUCAACUUCCCCGGACUGGUCGGUCUGCACCCGCUGAUAGGACCCAACGACGACAAGUUUGGGCCUCGUUUCCCGGCCAUGUCAGGUUGCUAUGACAAAGGCCUGUGUUCCCUAGCAAUGGAGAUCGGCAAGCAGUUGGGUGAGGCCAGAGACCUUCAGGAGGGCGUGUAUGCCAUGGUGAGUGGGCCAAACUUUGAGACCAUCGCUGAGGCCAGACUGUUGCAUCUAGUGGGAGUGGACGCUGUUGGCAUGAGUACGGCUCCUGAGGUCGUCGUGGCGACUCACUGCGGUCUGAGAGUCUUCGGCCUCUCUCUGAUCACCAACAAGGUGGUGAAGAGUUAUGAGGACACAGAGAUUGUGAACCAUGAGGGCGUCCUGGACGUCAGCCAGCAGAGCUCUCACAUCGUGCAGAAGUUGGUGACCGAACUGAUCAGCAGGAUGGAGAUAAAAGACAACAAGACAAAUGAUGGUGUCUGAACACACACACGCACGCGCACACACACACACACGCACUGUGUGUGUAUUUGAUUGUUAUAUUUACAAUUUUUUUUAGACUUUUAGACUUUUUUAGAUUUUCGUAUCAUCCUUCAUAUUAUUUUUUUACCUUUGCUGUAAAAAAAAAAGUGCCUAAUAAUUUUUUCUAUCAGGGUAAUUUGAAUGUAAGUAUCGAUUUAUGAUAUUUUUUGUUAAAGAUUAAUAUAAUGAUGACCACUGUGUUUGAUGGUGCUUUAAUAUAAAAAGAUUUGAGACAAAUAUUUUUCUAAAAAUUCUCCUCUUGUGGACAUUUUUCUUUAGUCACUCAAAUAAACGUUUUAGUCAGACGUAACACAAAGAUAAGAGGCAGACAGUACUUCAGUCCACUUUAGUAGAUUUAUUGAACACUUCACAGAGUAUACGAUAAGCCGAGCCGAUCUCGAGACACAACUGAAGAACGAUACAUAGUGGUUUUAUACCAAAUCACUGCCCUGUGUGUGUGUGUGUGUGUGUGUGUGUGUGUGUGUGUGUGUGUGUGUGUGUGUGGCCUCUCAUAGUUACAUAACUACUAUGUUUUUUUCAAUAUAUUCGUGUGCUAUGCCUUAAUAUAGGCUGAUAAGUUCGUGUGCUUGGUUUCCCCCUGACAUGUCCCUGUGCUCGGGUCAUUGACCACUGUUCUGGGAACCCAUUUGUGUUUUCUCGUAUCAGUUUAGUUUAAUCGGCCUAUUCUUUUCACACCUUGGCUCUCUAACAAGUUUUUUUUUAUUAUUCCCACACUUCUCUUGCUAUGUCCUUGACUUGUUUUUCUCAAACUUGGCUAUCUGACUAUAAUACUGAGUCCCAAUGGUUUUAAUCGCGCAUAUAGUGCUGACACACACACACACUGUUUCAAACAUCUUUCAAUGUUUCCACUAACUCAGAUGUUUUCCCUGUUAUUUUCUGGUGAUGUUGUGCAAUAUCAUCCAGACAGUCUAUCUCUGUACUUUUCCAUUUAGUCCUUUCAGCUUGACCUUAUAUUAUAUGUUCUUCAUGUUUACAGUAUUCAUGCAUUAACUUUUGGUUUAUACAUAAUUUUAUCAUUACCCAAAUAUCAUUUUGUAAUCAUGGUUCUACAUAAUAUAUCCUCAACAUAUACAGAAAGUACAGCAGUGUUAAAUGAGUCUUUGCUAUUUAUAUUUUCCACACUCUUGUACAUUGUUCCUGUUGAAUUAUGGGAUUUUAUUCAGUAAAAAAUCACUGACAUCCUGAUUUUAUUAAAACAUAUUGACAAAC